AUCCGUGGCGCUCCACCAAAAAAGAUCUUUUGUUAAACAGGGACAAGUGUUGUUUUUACCUUCUUCUCUUAGUUCCAGCAUUUUCAUUCUUGGAUCCGAAACACUGACCUGAGAUUUGUUGUUAUUGAGUUUGAAAAGAUAAAAGAAGAAAAUUAGCGAUGGCGAACUUUAUCAAGCUAGAAGAUUCCCCUAUGUUUCAAAACCAAAUAUCAUUUCUAGAGAACACGACUAAUGAGUUGAAAGAUCGUUGUCAAACACUAUACAAAGGAAGUAAAAAGUUUAUGACAGCUCUUGGAGAAGCAUUUAAUGGAGACAAUAGCUUUGCUGAUUCUUUAGAAGCCUUUGGUGGUGGACAAGAUGAUCCCAUUAGUGUCUCCAUUGGAGGACCGAUUGUGUCUAAGUUCAUCAAUGCAUUUCGUGAGCUUGCUAACUACAAGGAGAUGCUUCUUUCACAAGUGGAGCACUUGUUAGCUGAUCGGCUAAUGCACUUUAUGACUGUUGAUUUGCAAGAUGUAAAGGAGUCUCGUCAACAGUUUAACAAAGCUAAAUAUGUAUAUGAUCAGGCACGUGAAAAGUUUGUGUCUCUGAAGAAGAAUACACGAGGAGAUAUUGUUGUUGAACUAGAAGAGGAUCUACAAAAUUCAAAAUUUUCUUUUGAGAGAAGGCGCUUUGAUUUAGCAACUGCUCUGAUGAAUAUAGAAGCAAAAAAAAAGUAUGAGUUUCUGGAAUCUAUAAGUGCAAUUAUGGAUGCCCAUCUUAGAUAUUUUAAGCAGGGGUAUGACAUAUUGAGCCAGUUGGAACCAUUUAUUCACCAGGUAUUGAUCUAUGCUCAACAAUCAAAAGAAUUAGCAAAUGUUGAACAAGAGAAGCUUGAAAAACGUAUUCAAGAAUUCAGGACCCAAGCUGAGAUAGAUACUUUACGAGUUUCUAACAACAUAGAGCCUUCAACAAAUGCUGGUUCUAUUCAAGUUGUUGGCAUGAAUUUAGACAAAAGUGUAGAACCACUCAUAUUGUCCUCCAUUGAAGGGGAGGUCCAGACAAUCAAACAAGGAUAUUUGUUGAAACGUUCUAGUUCGAGGGGAGAUUGGAAAAGAAGGUUCUUUGUACUUGAUAGUCGAGGAAGUUUAUACUAUUAUAGGAAUAAGGGUAUCAAACCAAUGGGUUAUCACCAUCAACAUACUGGUUCAGCUGGAGACAGUAGUGGUGUAUUUGCUAAAUUCCGUGCAAGGCAUAGUAGGUCAUUAUCAUUUAAUGAAGGAACUUUGGGCUCUCGUACUGUCGAUCUUCGUGCUUCUACAAUAAAAUUGGACACAGAGGACACAGAUUUACGGCUUUGCUUCAGAAUUUUAACUCCACUGAAAACUUACACAUUACAGGCUGAAAAUGGGGUAGAUAGAAUGGACUGGGUUAAUAAAAUAACUGCAGUUAUCGUAUCUCUUUUGAAUUCUCAUAUCCAGCAGCAGCAUGUGGAUAUUCCCAGACCUCCUUCUAAUGUUACAUCACCUAAUAGCCAUGGUACUUCGGAGAUUGAACAAACAGGCUAUAGAGCAGAGCCCAUCUCUUCAGUCCUCAGAAAAAUUCCUGGAAAUGAUGUUUGUGCAGAGUGCAGUGCUGCUGAACCUGAUUGGGCAUCUCUUAAUCUUUGCAUACUGUUAUGCAUUGAAUGCUCAGGUGUUCACCGUAACCUUGGUGUACACAUCUCAAAGGUGAGAUCUUUGACAUUAGAUGUCAAAGUGUGGGAACCUUCAAUUGUGGAAUUAUUCUGUACUCUGGGCAAUGCUUAUUGUAACUCUAUAUGGGAAGGUUCACUCCUUAAGAAUGAGAGCGUGGAUGAACCAAAGGCUACAAACACAUCAGUACCAAAACCAUGUGCCAAAGAUGUGAUUUCCCUUAAAGAGAAAUACAUUCAUGCUAAGUAUGUAGACAAAUUGCUGAUCAUCAAAGAUGCACUACAACCUGGAGAUCCUCCUAAUUUGACCAACAUCUGGCAAGCAGUUAAGACUGAUAAUAUACAAGAAGUAUAUCGUCUACUUGCAAUAUCAGAGGCCAACAUUGUAAAUACAACCUUUGAUGAUAUUGUUAGCAUUGAGUUGUAUCACCAUGUUGUUGAUGCACAAGACUCGUCUCUUGAAAAGGAACAGCAUGAUCCAUUGGACUGUCAGAGAAUCAAGGAUUCUAAUGACCCGGGGAACUGUCUACAAGGUUGUUCAUUGUUGCAUCUGGCAUGCCAAGGUGGGAACUGUGUGAUGCUUGAGCUGCUGCUGCAGUUUGGUGCUGAUAUAAAUAUGCGCGACUUCCAUGGAAGGACUCCUUUGCACCAUUGCGUUGCGCUAGGGAACAACUCAUUGGCAAAGCAUCUACUAAGAAGAGGAGCAAAGUCUUCAAUUACAGAUGAGGGGGGAUUAAGUGCAUUAGAAAGGGCGAUGGAGAAGGGAGCAAUUAAAGAUGAGGAACUGUUUAUUCUGCUGAAUGGAAGCUAGUGAAACAAACAUGGUUUUCCCCAAACUGGUAAAAGCCUGCGUCUCUCCCCUGAUUUUCUCUUACGUUGGCCAUUGUUGUUGCCUUUAUAUAAGCAUAAAAAGAGCGUUAUGUCCUGUUGGCAUCAUUAAGUAAUGUUUUUUUUUGUUAUAAUAAUUAAAACUUGAUGUAUUCGAGAGAUAAUUGUUGGAAGCUUCCCCUUGUGCUUGAUUUUCUUUGUUGAUUGUAUUUGGCCUAAAUUUCAUUAACAUAGUUUCUAAAACUUCAGGGCUAAGUCGAAUGCGAUUGUGAAUGCUAGAGCCAAUUUUCUUGGUUGUUUCCUAAAUUGAGUUACAUUUCUAUUCAAA